AUGGCCAGCGCGACGAGAAAGGAGCUCUUGGGCAAGGUCCACAAGAUGAUCCCGCCUAUGCUGGAGCGCUUUCACAAAGGUAUGCUGGGUCGAGUAGGCGUUAUCGGAGGCAGCGAGGACUACACCGGUGCACCGUACUUCUCCGCCAUGGCGUCCGCGAAACUGGGAUGCGACAUGUCCCACGUCAUCUGCGAACCCGGCGCCGGCGCCGUCAUCAAAACCUACUCCCCCAACCUCAUGGUGCACCCGUACAUGCGGCAAUCCAAGCACCUCGCCCAGUCGGAGUCCCUCGACACCGUCUCCGCAGAGGUCAUCGGCAUGCUGAGCCGUCUGCACGUCGUCGUCAUCGGCCCCGGUCUAGGCCGCGACAAGCUGAUGCAGGAUACAUGCGCGCGGGUCAUCGAAGAAGCUAGGAAACAAAAUAUCCCCUUCGUGCUGGACGCAGAUGGAUUGUUCCUAGCGCAGACACGCCCGGAGCUCGUGCAGGGAUGCACAGAGUGCAUAUUGACGCCCAACGUAGUCGAAUUCGGCCGCCUGGCAAAGGCCAAAGGCGUGAAUGUCGAGGACGGCGAUCCGUCCGAGGUGUGCUCCAAGCUGGCCAAGGCCUUCGGCGGCGUCACCAUCAUCCAGAAGGGAGCCAAAGAUUACAUAUCCAAUGGCAAGUACACGCUCGUGUCGGACGGCGAGGGCGGCUUGAAGAGGUCUGGUGGUCAGGGAGACACCCUGACGGGAAGUCUGGCCACGCUGUUGGCGUAUAGGCAGGCGUAUCAUGAUAGGAUCUGGGAUCAUGAGGGGGAUAUGGAGCCUGCGGAGACGCUGGCGCUCGCGGCGUACGGCGGGUCGGCCAUCACGAGGGAGUGCUCACGGCUGGCGUUCAAGGAGAAGGGCAGGGCCUUGCAGGCGGGCGAUUUGACGGAGUAUGUCCACCAGGCUUUCUUGAACACUAUUGCGUUUCCUCGCUCUUCAAGCUGA